UACGCUUCGCGCGAGAGGCUGGGCCUGAGCAGAGAAGGGAAGUGGGCUCCGCUCGUGCGCCGCCGAAGCUUUUCCGGAGCAGACGCUUUCCGGCGUUGCGCGCUGAGCCUCAUGGAUUUGAACUGGCAGUUCUGGAGAAGCGAGGGCCAAGUAUGACUUUGAAGCGCAGGGGUUAUGGGGCGGCGGCGGGGGGUUGCUGCAGAUCGCGGCGAGUAGAAGGUCGGAGGGAAGCAUGUGGUGGAAGGGAGGAGGGCGGACUGUGCAAAGGGCAGGGAGGACUGAAUGGCGUUUGCAAGCGGGCGGCGGCGAUCGCCCAUCGCUCCUCCCUUUGCAUUGAUUUGCCGACACUUCUGCCUCAUGCGAUCCUAUGCAUGUCUCAACCACGCACGUCUGUUCAGAGGGGAGCCUUGCAUCGUUCAGAGAGAGCCUUGCUCCCAUUGCGUGCAGGAGAUUGUGAAACCCGAAUUUCUGUGGCCCGGUCCGAAUUGUAGUGAAAGGCUGCCAACUGUAAAUUGACAAAGCGGCGUGUGUGUACUACAAUCGUAUUCGUAACAAUUAUCCCUCGAACCCAGCUCCCAAAGAAAUAUCUUAAACUGCUUGCAAAAGUGCAGUCCAAUACAUGCCCACUCAAAAGUAUGUGGCGCUGUGGGUUAAACCACAGAGCCUAGGACUUGCCGAUCAGAAGGUCGGCGGUUUGAAUCCCUGCGAUGGGGUGACCGCCUGUUGCUCGGCCCCUGCUCCUGCCAACCUAGCAGUUUGAAAGCACGUCACGGUGCAAGUAGAUAAAUAGGUACAGCUCCGGUGGGAAGGUAAAUGGCGUUUCUGUGCGCUGCUCUGGUUCGCCAGAAGCGGCUUAGUCAUGCUGGCCACAUGACCACAUGUAUGCCGGCUCCCUCGGCCAAUAAAGCGAGAUGAGCGCUGCAACCCCAGAGUUGGUCACGACUGGACCUAAUGGUCGGGGUCCCUUUACCUUUACCUUACUCGCUGUGUCCUGCUGAUACCUGUUCUGGGAUACUCCAGAAAGCAGAAACUAGGUUAGUAGUUUGUUGAAUGUGAAUAUUCUCAAGUGCAGUUAACAGUUCACAUGUUGGGGUUGUUGGAAAAUCUGUUGUAACAUCUUAAAAUGUAUUGACCAGUUCACUUAGCUGCCAAGGAGAUAAAGGUAAAGGUAAAGGGACCCCUGACCAUUAGGUCCAGUCGUGGCCGACUCUGGGGUUGCGGCGCUCAUCUCGCUUUAUUGGCCGAGGGAGCCGGCCUACAGCUUCCGGGUCAUGUGGCCAGGUUGAUUUGGGGGAAAUAUGUUAAUUCACAGCUUGGGUUCAUGGCUUGGGAGACAUGGAUUUUUAUUUGGGUGCACAUUUAAAAAACAAAACUCCAGUGUGUACUAAUAGUUGUGAAUGGUGCUUUGUACGACACAGUCCCAUGUAUUCCUCCCCAACUGUAUUCAGUGUAGUUUUUUACUAGGUAAGUGUGUGGCCAACAGUGCACACGAAAGCUUGUACCCAGAACAAACUUAGUUGGUCUCUAAGGUGCUACUGGACAAUUUUUAAUUUUUAAUUUUUAUUUUUGUGUUGCUUUAGCACAAUAAAGAGACAGAGGGCAGUUUAGGAAGGUGAAAUAAAAGAAGUGUUUAAGAUGCAAAUAGAAUUAGGUAUCGGGCACAGAUUAUUGGCUACCUAUGCUUGGUUUAGGAAUAACGGCUUCACAAAAUACCUGAAUACUCAAAAAGCAUAUCUCUUUCUUUAGACCUUUUUUCAAAGGUUUCUUCAUUGGGUAGAUAUUUUGGACCCUACGCUCCUGUUUAUACCAAAUGUAAGUAGCUUAUCUAUUUAAUUUUUGUACCUUGACAUUGAUAAAGAGCUAAUGCUAGAUCAACCAUGUUUCUCAGUCUGCAUUUUGAAUGUCACGCCAGGCUAGAAAUGUGAAGGCUGGUUUUCUUCUGCUUCACCCCCCCUUCAGUUUCCCCCCCAACUGGUUUCCCCCCAAUUGUUUCUCUUCCACCUCCGCUCCGGGCUGCCACAUCUCUUUGCAGGGCACACCUAUGCAUGUUUACUCCCAAGUGUGCCCUACUGAUUAUUAUUUCCAUUGAUUUAAGUGGAACUUUCUUUCUAGUAAGCAUGCAUAGGAGUCCCAACUUUAAAUUCUCAGCCUCUAAAAAUGGAUCUGCAAUUACUGUAUUUUUCACUCUAUAACACGCACCCGACCAUAACACGCACAUAGUUUUUAGAGGAGGAAAACAAGAAAAAAAUAUUCUAAAUGAAACAGUGGAUGUAUGAUUUUUGUGGUUCAUGCUGUGGCCACAGACAUGUGAUCUGACGGUGAGUUUGAGGUAGCCCAAUGCAAAAAUCCUGAGGAUCCAUGUGGAUCCAUGCUUUGUAACCAUGUUUUAAGUGGGGAGGGAAGGAAAAGCACUCAAGGGCCAAGGAACACGUGUGGGGUGGGUGGAGAAGGAUGCUGUUAAUAAUGCAGAAGAGAGGUAUAAGAGGAGAAGCAAGCAGGCUCUGCUUCUCUCCCUCCUCCCCGCUCGCUGAAAAACUUUGCUGCUAUUUAGCCAGCUGAGUGGGGAGGAGAGAGGGACAGAGAGCCUGCUUGCUUUAAAGGAGCCAACCGGACAGGAGCCACUUACACUCGUGUAAGAGGCUCCUCUCCUCUCCCGCUUUGCUCCUUUAAAGCAAGCAGGCUCUCUGUCCCUCUGUCCUCCCCACUCAGCAGCUCUUCUCCCGCUUUGCUGUUUCAAAGCGAGCCACGGAGGAGGGAAGGAAGGGGAACCAUGGAUCAUCUGCUCACGACUGCAGCAGAUUCCCCCCGCCAUCCGUAGGCAUUCGCUCCAUAACACGCACAGACAUUUCCCCUUACUUUCUAGGAGGAAAAAAGUGAGUGUUAUGGUGCAAAAAAUACGGUACCUGUUUUGUGUGUGGAGCUUAUAUAAUUAUUCCACACACACACACACAGGGAUGGGUUAUAUGUGAUGUGGAAGAUUUGUGAUCUGAUCUCCUGACAUCUGAUUUCCCCACGAGGAUAUGGAGGGCUGUCAGUGCUGAUCAGAGCAGCGGCUCUGGGACAAAAAAGGGGGGUUAACCCUGUCACCAUGAGCUGCUGUUCUCCUGAUCUAAAUGAGAGGCAGCUGCUUUGAACCCAACCCUCUCUGCCAAAAGUACAGUUCGAAUACAGGUAGAUGAUGAAGCAGGGUUAGAAACUAUGUGCGUGACCCUACCUCUCUGCUUUUCCUUGUAAAACAGAAGGAAAUCCUCAUAUCCAGAACCCUUUUGCCAACUAGUAAAGAAAACAUCGCAGAGUCCUUGCAGGACAAAAAGGUAUCUGACCUUCUUCUUCCACUAACAACAUUAUGUAUACAGUAUAUUGUAAUUAAUUACCAUUUGCGGUAUGCAAAGUGACAGGGCGACAGGAAGAUUUUUCACCCAUCACAUAUAUCUUCCCAACACCUGUGUGAGAGGUGGGGGUGGUGGGUAACUGGGGAUGCAGUGUGGCCCAAAUGUCUUCAUUUUGCACUAGGGGCUGACUCUUGUUUUCUGGGUAAGGAAGGACUGCUCCUGUAGAUAGUGUGUUUCAGUACUUUACAACAGGAGGGAAUUUCAGGGCCAGUUAAGAUGUGUGUAAAUUGCCAAGUGCCGUGUGCGACCUGAUCAUCCCUGGAAUCACAGCUAGAGAGAGUAGAUAGCACCUCACUUUUGUCAGGGAACCGACAAAAGGCUAGAAGCCUUUCAGUGGAAUGUCUGCUCCUUGUUCAAAAUAGUUUUGAGUAUAUUACAGCAUCCUUGGAAAGUCUGUCUUCCACGUUCCUGAUGGUUUCUACAGGAUCUAGCUGAGAGGUCUUCCAGAGGUUGCUUGGGCAAAAAAUUUAUUGGUUAAAUCUCUACUGCUGUGGUAAAGUGCUGGAAGCAUACUCCUGAAAACUCAAAACAUAAUGUGCGGGUGGGACAGGGACAUGAUAUGCAACAAAACUUACUCUAAAUGAUUUUUUAAAAACCCCUUUGUUUUAAUGCUUAGAUAAGAGACGCCUGGAAGCUAAGUUUGGUGAGUUUUUACAACAUGUCUAGGUAUUCUUUUAGCUGAUAUUUUAAAAAACAUAUCCUAAUUCUUUGUUUGCUUUUCUCCAUGAAGGCCUCUGUACAUCCUUGCACUGGUGAAACAAUUCCUUUCUUACUUAGGCCUCCAGGUCAGUUUCCAUACAUAGUUUUUACUAAAAGCUGUUUAUAUGCUUAUACAACAUUUGUGGCUUGUUAUCCUGAGUAAUAUAAAUACUGUUCAACUUACUAACAAAUUGUAUCGGUGGAACUUCUGCUAGUUGCUUCAUAAAUGCCUUUAUUACCGCUGCUGGGAUCGUAGGCAACAUGCAACCUGUAAUCAUUUUUGUGCAGUUGAUGGAUAUGUGUUAGAUAUGGAGACCUCAGUUUUCAUUUAAAUGUACUUGCCUUCUAGUCACUUGCAAGGUGCUGGUUCCAAGAAAUGUGUGGAAAGUUCAUUGCAUUUCCCCUCACAUAAACAAUUGGUUCAUAAGGUGUCAUUGUUUUUGCAUUUUUCGCUCUAAUAACUGACUUCCUUUUCUUAUCGUGCUCCCUUUAUUCCAUAAAUGACUCCACUGAUCUCAUAAAUAGUCCCCAAAGAAUCCUAGGAACAGUAAUUUAAGGGUGCUGAGAGUUGUUAGGAGCCCCUAUCCCCUCACAGAAUUUACAGUUACCGUAGUUCACUGGGGAGAGGCAUUGACAGUUAAACCACUCUGUGAAUUGUAGUUCUGUGAGGGGGAUUGGGAGGGGGGGAGUCUUCUAACCACUCUUCAUCCUUAACAAACUACAGCUCCCAGGAUUCUUUGAGGGAAGCCAUGACUUUCUAAAGUGGUAUGAUACUGCUUUAAAUGUAUAGGGACCUCAGUUAGACCACUGAGACAACCUACAUAACAGUUGAUUUUGCUGAAUUUAAAAAAAAAUUCCUCUCUCUCUCUCUCUCUCUCUCUCUCUCAGCUUUCCUGCCUAUUUAUGCUCCACUGGUGAGUAAUGAUAGUCAUUUCCAGAGUGUCUGUGAGCUGCAAAUGUGCCAGUUUCCCCUUGCUGUAGUCCAGAAUCUCACAGAUUGAGUGGAUUCCCCAUUAAAAGAGCUACUGAAGGAGAAGUCUGGUUCGCUGCCUUCCCCGCAAAGGCAGGACUCUUCAGCCACCAGUCGCUUGCUUCACCCAAAUUAACUGUUUAACUUGUGUAGUCUAUGGUUAUGAUGUGCUACAAAUCAUUGUGUGUGUGUGUGUGUAUGUGUGAGGGUGUGUGUGUGUCAUUUAAAGGAAAACAAUUUUCGUUCCUGCAAGAGGUAGUGAUGGUCACCAGCUACAAUGGCUUUAAAAGAGGAUUGGACAAAUUCAGGGAGAUUAAGGGUGUCAUUGGCUGCUACCCGCAGUGGCUAAGCUCUAACUCUAGAGUCAGAGUUAGCCUGCUUCUGAAUACUACGUAGGAGAGGAGGUCGUUAUUGCUGGUCAGAUCCUGCUUGCAGGCUUCUCAUUGGCCACCAUGAGAACAGGAUGCUAGGUAGGCCACUGGCUUGGUUAAGCAGGGGCAUUCUAACGUUAUGUCAGUGGAACAUACCUGCACUAGUGAAAGGAGCUAUCGACUCAGCAACUGCAGUUGCACUUGUUUUGACAUGUCAGUCUGGAUAGCUCAGUUGGUUAGAGCGUAGCGCUGAGAACACCCAAGAUUGCAGGUUCAAUCCCAGUAUAGGAUGGCUGCAUAUUCCUGCAUUGCAGGGAGUUGGAUUAGAUCAGGCAUAGGCAAUCUUUGGCCCUCCAGAUGUUUUUGGGACUACAACUCCCAUCAUCCCUGACCACUGGUCCUGUUAGCUAGGGAUGAUGGGAGUUGUAGUCCCAAAACAUCUGGAGGGCCGAGGUUCCCUUUGCCUGGAUUAGAUGAUCCUCAGGGUCACUUCCAUCUCUACGGUUCUAUGAUCCAGGGCCUAUAAAGACUUGGAAUAUAUUCACACACACACAUGUGCACUAAUAGUGAACUCACAGUUGGAAUGCCUAUCCUUUUGUUCCUGAAACAAGCACCACCCACAAACGACGGGCUCGUGUCAACAGGCUCGGGGAAAGCGGGUUUUUUUGGAAGUACAGAAAACUUUAUGGAAAAAGAGGAACAUGGGGUGGGAGAGAAUGCAAACAGCCCAACGAGGACUGAGCAUAAUCAGAGGGCACUGAUUGCUGUUGUGGGGAGGAGGAAGUGGGAAGCUUAGAGAAAGGGAAUUGUAAUGAAGUAUCCUGGAAGGGGGUGUGGCUGAUAGGUUGGGGCACUGAGCAGAAGCACACUGCACAACAGCAUUGUAGCUCCAAACAGCAUGUGGACUUAUGAUGUGUUUUAUGGCAAAACUUCCACUAGGCACCCUUUAUUUCUGAAUAUUGCAGUAGAUGGAGAGAGGUUUUGUGUGGAGUGCAUUCCAUGGAAAUGCAUCCCUUGCGUACGUACUGUAAGCACGUUGAAUUUGGUAAGCAUACAUGAACCUUGUAUGUAAAUUGUCACACAAGAGGAUUCCUGUAUAUGCUGAAUUUAUGCAGCUUUGUGUAUAUAGGGCUUUUGUAAUGUGUGAAUGACCAUAAUUGAAGCCUAGCUACAUUAUGCUGUAUGGUGUGGCUGCUAUACUAUUCAGGCAGUGUUCGACAGCCAUGGGUGAUGUGGGCCUCAGGGUGAGAAGAAUGCUAGCAGAAGAAGUGUGUUGUUAGCUCCCCACCCUAUCAAUGUUAUCUUAAGUCCUUCAGAUGUUGCUGAUGUGGCCUGGGCGCAACCACAUUUCUGUAGCUCCCAUAUUGCCGCUGAUAACAUUGGAGCUGGGAGAGAUAUUGGCCAGUGUGUAUUGCUUCUGGAUCAGUCUCUUUAAAUAAGGAGUGGGAAACCUGUGGCCUUCCAGAUGUUAGUUUAUUUGCAGAAAUUGUAUACCAUCAAGAUUAAGGAGGAGGGAAGAGGCUGUGAAGAGCAUGAAGCCAAAAAUAAAAUUGCAUUGUUUAAAAUACAAGAUGCAUCACAAAUCAGAAGAUCAGCUUAAUUCCACCAACAGAGCUGGAGGACCCCUCAAGGAAAGGCUGGCUGACUCCGCAUUGUUGGACUCUCAUCUCCCAUCAACAUUAUGGGAGUUAUAGUCCAGCAACAUCUGGCAGGACCACAGGUUCCUCAUCCCUGCUUUAGGUUAAGAGUGGCUAACCUGUGGUCCUCCAGAUGUUAGACUUCAACGUCUCCCAUUAGCUCUAGCCAGCAGGGCUAAUGAGGAUGAUGGGAGUUAGUCAGGCAACAUCUGCUGAGGGUGGGAAGCUGCUUAGGUGCGACAGCAAAACAUAAAAUUAUCACCUGCUAUCCAAAUUGUUGUUGCUGAAGUGUGUCCUUGUGAGAUUGUCAAUACUUAUCCCCCUUCAUGACAUUUUAUUCACAGGUCGUCGUUACUUUAUUACCACACAGAAAAACAUCGUCAGCUUUUAUUUGCCAGGUAACGAGCAAUCAAUUUUCUGUUAAUUUGUCAUAUAUUUAUUAGUGGAUGUAUUAACUAACGUUGAGGUUGCGUCCUUGUCGUCUUGUAUGUUGCAGUUCCUUUUCCAUUACUAUAUCGCUGGAGUCAGCUUGGCAAAUGGGAAUGCUCCAAAACAAGACGAGAAGAAAACUACAGAAAUGGUAAAACAUAGCUAUGUAUUUUUAAAAGGCCGUAUGAGGUGAAUUGUGCCAGCAUUGUGGAUAAUGAAUUUCCUCUGAUUGUGCGUUUGUUUUUUAUAGGUGUUUUCACGAAAGCAAUUACUUCUCUCCUUUGGGGUAAUCACGUAUGCCUCCUGCAUGGGAGUACGUAUUACCAAAUUUUAUACCACAUUCCCUUCUGGGGGGGGGGCAUUUGCCUUUUUACAGUAGACUGCUUUCUGCACACACUUGCACCCCCCAUCUUUCCUCCAUUGAAGCAAGCAAAAGAAGCGUUAUCACAUUCCAGCCAGGCAAAAACAUCUGAGGGUCUCAGAGCUGGUAAGGGGUUUGGUCUAGAGAGAGCAGGUGUGUCUGGGGGUGGUGUAUGGCCUGGGAAGGCUGCCUUUGCCUCACAUUUGCCCUUUGAUGGGCAAAAGGUUCCUGCAUUGUAAGCGAUUGGACUAGGUGGCCCUUGUGGUCCCUUCUAACUCUACGACUCCCUCUCAUGUUUUGAAUCUGACUUGCUGCUAUACAGCAGGAAAUGCAAGGCCAGAUCCACACCACACAUUAAAGCACCACAAUAUCACUUUAAACGGUCAUGGCUUCCCCCAAAGAAUUCUGGGAGCUGUGAUUUGCUAAGGGUGCUGAGAGUUGCUAGAAAACUUCUAGUCCCUGCCCCACCCCCCACUUCAAGCUACAAUUCCCAGAGUGGUUUAACAGUCAAUCCUUCUUCACAGAGAAGGAUGUGGUAUUAAUCUAGGACCUUGGAGACCAGAGUUCAAAUCUCCACUCAGCCAUGAAGCGCACUGUGUGACCAUGGGCCAGUCACAGUCUCUCUGCCUAAACUCCCUUGCAGGAAAGGUGGGAUAUAUAUGUUGUAAUAAAUAAAAGAAUACAGCCUUUUGUCUCUAGGCUCUUCCUCACUACUUUGUAACUCGUUAUAAUCUGAGUCCUUCCGGGCAGCGCGUCUUCAGGAACUUCAUGCCUGGCCCACUUACAGGUAAGAAAACAAGAAAAUCAUUCAAGAACCUUUCAGAUGGAAAGCUGUUCUUUCAAACUCUCCAUGGUUAAGACUGGGAAUGGGCACUUGCUUGACUUGAUGGUUUUACUUGCCUCCAAACAGGAUAAAGCAGGCACGUCCAACAGGUAGAUUGUGAUCUACCAGUAGAUCACUGGACGUCAGUGGUAGAUCACUGGCUUCCCCCACAGAAGCUCAACAACUUUGAGCUGAACCCCCCAAAAACAGGGGUAGAUCACUGCCAGAUUUUAAUUCAGAAAGUAGAUCUCAGCCUCAUGGGAGUUGGCCACCCCUGGGAUAAAGGAUCUAAACCAGGGGUAGGCAACCUAAGGCCCGGGGGCCGGAUGUGGCCCAUUCACCUUCUCAAUCUGGCCCACGGAUGGUCUGGGAAUCAGCAUGUAAGUAGAAUGUGUCCUUUUAUUUAAAAUGCAUCUCUGGGUUAUUUGUGGGGCAUAGAAAUUCGUUCAUUCCCCCCCCUCCCAAAUAUAGACUGGCCCCCCACAAGUCUGAGGGACGGUGGACCAGCCCACAGCUGAAAAAAGGUUGCUGACCCCUGAUCUAAACCAUUCACUCCGCUUUGUCGUGGGCCUGAGUGGUUGGAUGGCAAGCAGGAGUGGUGGCAGUUUACUACCUUGCAGCGCAGGGGUUUGGUUGGAAACUGGUCCCUGUCCCCUUGAGCUGGUGGCAGCAUUGGGAUAUUAAAUGUUCCAGGAAGUGUGCUGCAGAUGAGUAACCAUAAAUUUUCAAGUUUCCCAGACAUGGAAAGCCUGCACAUGGUUGUCCUGCCUUGAUAAUGGACUGGAUGAGAGCCAAAAAAACUGAGGCUCAAUCCUGACAAGACUGAGGCACUGUUAGUGGGCAGUUCCCUAUACUGGAUGGGUGGGAGGUUGUCUGCUCUUCAUGGGGUUACACUCCCUCUGAAGGAGCAGGUACAUGGCUUGGGGGUACGCCUGGGUUCUUUGCUGUCUCUUGAGGCUCAGGUGGCCUCAUGUUUUAAGGAUACAGUCGUACGUUGGAUCCCGAAUGCCUUGUGAGUCAAACGUUUUGGCUCCCAAACGAUCAAAAUCCGGAAGUGAGUGCGACCGUUCUUUGGAACCCGAAUGUCCGAUGUGACUUCUGUGGCUUCUGAUGGGCUGCAGGAGCUUCCUGCAGCCCAUUUGAAGCCAUGCCUUGGUUUUCGAACGUUUUGGAAGUCGAAUGGACUUCCGGAAUGAAUUCCGUUCAACUUCUGAGGUACCACUGUAUUGCCAUCAAGCCUGAAAGUAAUCCUUUGGGAAGUCUAGCUUCUUGUGAGAUAAAUGGACUUGGCAACAGUACUCAGAAUUGCCUGAAUAUGCGAUACAACGUGCAUUCAGUGUGAACGUAAAAAUCACCAGUGACCUACUUUUUGACAAAUGUUUGCGUUCCUUUUCUUUUGCAGCCCUCUUGUGUGCGUUGAAUGUGAUGGUAACUAGAAGCAGUGAGUAUGAGAAUGGGAUUGAGGUCAUGGACAGCCAAGGCCAGGUCAUUGGGAUGUCUCAAAAAGCUGGAGAAAAAGUAAGUAAAGCAACAGGUAUUUUCGUUAUCCCCCUUCUCAACCUCUCGUGGGGUGGGAAGCAAUGUCCCCAAAUCUGGCACCUGUGCUCAUCAGCUGCCCCUGACCACUUUGACAUAAAAGAGCCUGAACUGACUCAAUCUUUCCUUCUCCUUCUCCUGUCUGGUAACACUUAGGGAUUCCUCCUUGAUUCCCCACCACCAAUGCCUCCUGUGGCUGUCUGCUCAAUUUUCUCAUAUUUCAUCCAUUUCUCCAGCUGCCUUUUUCAGAGAGGUGCGUUCAGUAUGCAUCCCCAGUGGGGACAAAAUCUUGUUUGUCUCUUUCUCUGUGGGACACCUGGGAUGUGGCUAUUUGUGGUAGAACCAAGAAGGACUUGGCUGCUUGCUCCAUAGAUAGUCAUCUAUGCUGCUGGCAAGACUGGCCUUGGAGAUGGCUUGGUGGUAGAGCAUCUGCUUUGCAUGUAGAAGGUCCCCGGUUCAAUCCCCAGUGUCUCCUGGUAGGGCUAGGGGAGACCCCUGUCUGAAAUGCUGGAGAGCAACUGCCUGUCCAGACAAGGCAGUACUGAGCUAAUGUCCCAUAUUGUGACUUUUCCAUAGCCCAGUAAUCCUCUACCCCACCAAACGUUCAUGACAUGUUGUUCAUGUAAUGGAAACCCCUAGCUGCAAUGGGGAAACAGAUGCUUUAGAUCCCAACUCCAUCAGCCCCAGUCAGUAUAGCCAAUAAUCACGGUCGAUGAGGGUCGUAAUCCAUCUGGAGGGCUGCAAGUCCCCCAAUCCUGACAAGGUUUUCCAUAUUCUGGUGCACCUCACUGUGACAAGAGAAGCUAAGGAGCAUAGCUGUCAACUUUUCCCUUUUCUUGCGAGGAAUCCUAAUUGGAAUAAGGGAAUUUCCCUUAAAAAAAGGAAAAAGUUGACGGCUAUGCUAAGGGGGUGACUUAGCAGAUGGCGUUGUGGUCUAAACCACUGAGCCUCUUGCACUUGCCGAUCAGAAGGUCUGUGCUUCGAAUCCCUGUUUUGGGGUGAGCUCCCGUUGCUCGGUCCCAGCUCCUGCCAACCUAGCAGUUUGAAAUCACACCAGUGCAAGUAGAUAAAUAGGUACCGCUGCAGCAGGAAGGUAAACAGUGUUUCCGUGCGCUCUGGUUUCUGUCACGGUGUUCUGUUGCACUAGUAGUGAUUUAGUCAUGCUGGCCACAUGACCCAGAAAGCUGUCUGUGGACAAACGCAGGCUCCCUCGGCCUGAAAGCGAGAUGAGCGCUGCAACCCCAUAGUCACCGUUGACUGGACUUAACUGUCCAGGGGUCCUUUACCUUUUACCUUAGCGGAUCUGCAUUUAGGAUAAAUUUAGUAAAGUAAUGAGAGAGAGAAUUCAAGUAAAUUCUGCCACCUUAACUCACUUCGUUGACUUCUGUUUUCUCUCCUGUUUUUCCUCCCGCCCCCCAUUGUGCCACUUUGAGCCUCUUUUUAAACAAAUGUACCUUCCUAAUAUUUUUGUGUGAUAUAAAAAAGCAGGAUUGUUAGACAGAUUGCAGCAUAAGUACACAAAUCUCUAUUGUGACAUUUACUUUCCUCUGUGUAUGUGUUUUCUCACUCUCCCUAGGCUGUGGAGCAAACAGCGCUAACCCGAGCAGUAAUGUUUGGUACAGCAAUGUUUUUUCCAGAGGUUGCUCUGCAGCUAUUAAAGCGGUAAGGCGUCUUCAGCGUAGGUCCCUUAAACAAAACUCCCAUUACCUUGCUACUGGGGUGGUCCGCAGCUAUUCUUAUUUCUGCCUCUUGCAAGUUUCUUCACAUUUCUUGGAUCAGAGAGAAUGUGGCGUCAUUCUCGAACAUGAGUCCUGCCCCGACCUGUCGCCCUCCAGAUAUUGUCUUCCCCAUCAUCCCUAGACAUCAUGACCAGAGGUCAGGGAUGAUGGGAGUUGUAGACCAGCAACACCUGGAGGGCCACAGAUUUGGAGACAGAAGCAAGCCACUGACUUUUAGAAGUCUCUGCAUCUUCUCACAGCAGUAGGCUAACCUUAGGGAUUUUCUCACGUUCUGCAAAAGGUAUCGUGGGUCUCUAACCUGAACACUUUUACCUUGAGCAUUACCCUGGGAAUGUAAACUCACAGGUGGGAAAACUCACAGUGGGAAAAGUAUGAGACAAUAGGACACUUUGUACUUUGACCCAGGAGAAAGACCGAAAUGUUUCCUUCAACUUAAAUGCCUUGAAGGAUGAGACAACUGUCCCUACAGUGUUGGAUCAGCAGCAGCUCAUAGCUGUCUUCCUGAGCUAUUCUUCCAAAUGUCUUCCAGCACUCCUGCUCCUCAGAUAGCUCAGUUGGUAGAGCAUGAGACUCUUAAUCACAGGGUUGUGGGUUUGAGCCCCACUUUGAGUGAAAGAUUCCUGCAUUGCAGGGAGUUGAACUAGAUGAUAAUUCGUGUUCCCUUCCAACUCUACAAAUCUGUGAUUGCAUACAAGAGAGCUUGUGACUGGUUAUACAGAUGCCUAUACAGUACCAUGCUAUAUAAUAAUCUACCCAUGCCAUCUCUUUUGCAGCACAAGCAGUUUACUUCGAAAGCCAUUUGUUUUGAAUCCGCUGAGAUAUGUUUUGACAGUUGCAGUCCUUGGAGGAAUGGUACCCGUUUCGCUCAGUUGGAUGCCACCGAUUGGCAAGGUAGUUCUUGCGUUCUGUCCUCCUUGCAAAUCUCUGCUGGUGGUCUUAAGGGCAAAAAGCAUUGAAAGAAUCAGAAAGGCAGAAAUCUACUCAAGCUGGGUUUGCAUGUGGCUCCUUGGAAUUUUCCUUGUAGCAGCUCCCAGUGUCCCUAGAACGGCUGUGUUUUAAAUAUGAGUUGCUAUGGGGAAAAGAGAGAAGAAAACCUGGAAUGGAGCACAGCGCCUGGUAUGAUGACUAAGUUUUCAAAUACUUCCACAUAAAAGGUGCAGAUUUGGCAUAGGGGGUGUUGUGUCUCCUGAAAGUCAGAUACCUUAAAAAGGGGGGAGGGACCUUUGAAAUAAACAUUUUGUGAAUCUACGUUUGGUCUCAUUGAGGGGCAGUAUUUCAAUAUGAGUAGGAAAAUGAGAGUACCCCUAAACCUUUAGAAAAAAGCACUGCAAAGCACUAUUAUAUCACUUUAAACAGUCCCCAAAGAAUCGGGGAGUUUGUUAAAUGGAGUGGAAUCCCUAAAUCAUUUGGAUGGUGUCUUGCACCCCUCCUUCUGGCAACUCCUGCACUCAAGCUGGUGCCAAAUGUAUUGCUCUGCUUUCCUUUGGACCACUUCAGCGAAGCCAAGAUGGGGGACAUAUCGUCUGGGCAGCUCAGGACCUCCAUAGGCACUGUGCAGGCUUGCUCCCCAGCGACCUCACUUUGGUAUUGCUAAUGAAGCAAAAACAACAUGGGAGGACAACAGUUAAGAGUUUCUGGUCUUUGCAGCCACAGCAGGUGCUGUGAUUCCUCACCUGUUUGACUUCACCCUCAGAGGCACACUCCAUUGCCUCCUGAGACAGACAGAUGCCAACAACAAUAACAGGUUUGUUAAGGGUGCUGAGAGUUGUUAGGAGGCUCCUGUUUCCUCACAGAGCUACAAUUCCCAGAGUUCCCUGGGAAGAGGGAUUGUUAAAACACUCUGAGAAUUUCAGACGGGGCCUACCUCUCAAGUUAAUACAGGGGUUUGUCUCCUGUUCUAGAGACUGUAUUUGCUAACCUAUAACUAGAAACAGCAUUGAAAUGUGGCAAGUCAAACUGAAACCCUUUCCUAAGCACAUUUAUAUUUCAUAUUUAUUUUCAAGAGGGAUAGACUUCUGAGUAGUUCUGUUGUCUUCAGUGCUAAUGCUUCAGAGAUUCUAGCAUAAGAUUUGUGUUAUAUGAUUCCUGUAACACACUUAUUUUGUGUGAUGAUCCUAAUGGAAAUAUAUUGACUUAUCCUUGUGCACAGAGCUGAACUCACGUGGUGUACCUAAAAACCGGUAAUAAGUUUGAAAUUGUAAGAACUUCAUGUCUGUUUUCCAGAUAAAAACAAGUGAUCUUGAACCUGAAAUAGCUGCUUCCACGGAAGAAACUGAAGUCUUCUACUACAAAGGACUUUAAUGUGGGCACUUGAUAAUGACCAGGACUGCUGUUCCUGGUAUAUCAAAGUUGCAUAUUCAAACUUAUGGAAGUGAACAUUUGGUAUCUUUCACCUAGGAAGUUGUUGAUUAUGUUGAAAGACAUGAAUCAACAUUUGAUCAGACCCAUCUUCUGUACAUCUGUUUAAUGCAAAAUCUCUACCUUCUGAUGCAAUCAUGUAUGAAAAGAACUACAUUUGUUGAGAAAACUCCCAACAUAUUACUAACGCCCUUCAAGAGAGAAAAGGUUUAAUUGUGUGAAAUACCUGUGUGUAUCCAUUGAAAGCCUGUGGCAGAGAACAAAAGGACAAUUUAAAGUUCCCCCAGCCACCCAGUAAUGUUUUCAGUGACUGCCAACUUCAAAGGACUUUGCUAAAGAGAACAUUAUGUGAUCACUACCUUCUGGUGAAAUUUAAGCUGCUUCCCUGGUCGAGCUGGAUCCUGGUUAAAGCUUCAGAAAGGCUAUGCAAAUUGUACUGUGGUUUACCCUAUGGCAAGAAUGCUGUAGCUUGUGGCGUGGGCCCUACAAACUUCCCUACUUCGUCACGAAACCGUUCACAGCUUGCGGCUUGGGAGCAGCUUUCAAUAGGGGAAAUAUUUUCUAUAUAGAAGGAAGGUGCUCAAAGUGCUGUGAGAAGUGUUUGGGGUAGAGGAACUAGAGCAGUAGCAGCCAAUAUGGCACCUGCCAGCUGUUGCUGGACUACCAGCACCCAUCACCCUAACCACUGGCCCUGCUGGCUGCAGCUGAUGGGAGCUGGCACAUGGAGAAACACUUGGGAGGGCAACAGGUCCCCCCCCAUCCUUAUCUAUUAAAUAUUCAUACAUGUGCACUUGUGCAAAUGUUUCAUUCAAAAGUUUCAACUGCUGUCAAUAUGGUAAAGUUGUACUGAGCAUUUUUUAGAGAGGUAGGAACAGAAGAUUAUGCGUAGUUUUAUCGCUGCCAAGGUAGCCUGUUCCAUGCUGCUCACACGACUGGCUUUAUCACUGUGUCUGCCCAAACAGGAGUCAGGUUUAAUCCAGCAGUACAGAUGCAGGAAAAUGCUUUUCUGCUUAAUAAUCUGGAACUAGUACUUGAAGAAUCAGUGUGUACUCUGCUCUCCCUGUAGGGUAUACGCCAGUUCAUUAGUACAAAUGUAAAUAGUAUGAUUAUCAACAGGAUCCUGAUUGUGUUCUGAUUAGGCUUUGGUGUGUGGGAUAUAUAUAUAUACACACACAUAUAAAUACAUAUAUACAUAUUUGUGUGUGUACACACUGUGUACACACACAGAGAGGCCUCUCUUACCUAUGCAGACACUGCUGGUCCCAGAACCAGAACAUUUUAUAUACAUGGAAACUGGAAGGCUAAUUUUAAAUGAUACAUAACUUGAAAAAUCACAAAGCUACAUUCUUUUUACAUGUCCAGAAUCACAUUUAAGUUGGGCCCAAGUUUUAUGGGUGCUGUUUUGUAUUAAUAGAAAAUGUACACACUUUCUGCAAAAAGAAAUGCACAGUACUUCAUCCGUAUUAGCAAAAUGACAUUUACAGUUUUGAAAUUUAUGGGAGGAAUGCAGUUGCACCAAAACUGGAGAGGUAAACUUUUGUUCAGCGGGCUUUUUGAUAUACACACUGUUAGCUCAAACAUUUCUAUACAAAAGUGAAUGAUGGGCCCCCUGAAAAUAGAAGAGCGGUAGUCAACCUACAAACAUUCUAGGACUCAUACGUAUACAUAGCUGUCUUAAUUUUCUUUUUGUAUCCUUCAUACUACAACACCUAAUUCAAGUUCCUUAGAGGUCAUAGUACAAGUAGAAGACAAAUGACUCUGAAAUUGAUAUUGCUAGAACACAGUCAUGACUUAAAUAAUUGAAUAGUAUUUCAAAAUAUGAUAGCAGUAGAAAUAAGUACAAACUUUUAAAAAUAACAGAAGUAUAUAGGGUGGGAUUCAGCGGAUACCCUGUGCAAAAGUUUCUGCAACAGGGCUUGCCCCUUGAAAUUGGCUUAAGGGUAGAGGGGUCAGGAUACCACCCCCUAAACUGUGCAGGAGAGAAAGGACUGUUCCAUCUGGCGUGUUCUGCAACGCUUGUGCAGACAGAAAGUUCACCAUAGUGUGAUGCUGAAUUCCACCCUACACCCACCAUGUUCUAAGGCAUAUUUUUUUUUACGAAGCCCAGGAACUUAAAUGAUUUUUUUUUUUUUUGUACAGAAAGUGCAACUGCAGAGGCUCUUCAACAGUUCUCAUAUUUCUCUGCAAAACUCUUGGUUUGUAAUAAUUAACCCUUUGGGAUCGGGGCCAGACUACAUAUUACACACAGACACAUAUAUUCAAACCUCAAUGGCAGCUGCUUUAAGGGGCGGCGGGGGGGACGGGGACAACUUUAAUUGGACUUAUUUUUGCCAGAUGAUAGGUCCAUCCUGCUAAGUUUCAGGUACCUGCUUACUCUUACAAACCUCUCUCGACACCCCACGGGGGAAGUAGUAGCAGGAAGAGGCAGUACCAUCUUUCUUGCAGCUUCUUUUGCCCAACGGCAGGAGCCAUGGGUUUCAGAUACACAGAUUUGUGCGUAAUGUAUAAUUUGGCUCUUGUCUUCCCUCUUAAGACUGAUGGUAUAGCCCUUGACUCUAGCACAACCUCUGCCACCAAAUGCAUGAAGGGUUUCUUGGCGGGGGUGGGAUCAUGCUCACUGCCCCGAAUGCUCAGCCCUCCCCAUGCACCCAGAAUUAAUGAGAGGGGGCUCUACAAACAUGCACAGGUAUAUAUAGACACAGGACUCUUCCUUGUAAUCAGGAACCCUGAACUGAUGGGUUCAUAAUCACCAGGAAAAGCUGUAAGUGCAAAGGGAUCUAUCAAGGCUAAAAGCCAAGCUACCAGACAGGCAGUUAGCAGGCAGAUUAACAUUCUGUGGCCAGUCUAUGCAAUCCUGCUCCCCUCCCCAAUAGGUAUUUAAAUAAAAAGAGGGCCCCACUCUUGUGCAGCUCUUUGGGCUCCCAUUGAUUAGCGACUAUAAAUGGUUUACAUAAGACAGAUGAUUUAUCUUGUCUGUUUUAAUGGCUUUCAUAUUUUCAUUAUCACUUUUGCAGCAUCCUGUUUCUUUACACUAGGAUGCUGAUAGGGUUUAUCAAAUUUUCCACUUUAAUACAGAAAAACUUGUGUCCUUU